GGAUGUGCGGUGUCACAAGCGCCUUCCCCAGCUCCUCCAGAAAGAUGCGCCUCUUGUACAGCUUUGACACAUUCCAGUCAGGAAAGAUCUCAGUCCAGAUGACAAAUGCAUUGUAGGCCGAUACGUCUAUCAUGUUAUAAAAGAAGCCAGGGUGACCGUUCCUCUGAACUACCUGGAUGCUCUGAGACACACUGGAGAGAUUCUGUCUUGGUGCAGAUGCUACUGGAGUUGAGAAAUGUGGUGAAGAGGCCCAAACUCAGGCUGUGGUGCCUGUGGUGGGUGUUUAACUCCACAGGGUACGACCUGGUGCUGUUCUAUGUUCACAUUCUGUGGAGCAAAGUCUACCCAGCCACUGCGAACAAGCGCAUUUACAGCGGCGGAGUGGAAGCAGCUUCGACCUUAUUGAGUGCAGUGACUUUCAUUGCAGGCUUUGUGAAAAUUCAAUGGAAUAUCUGGUCUGAGCUGGUCAUUGGUAUCAUCACUGCAGUGCAGGCAGGUCUUCUGCUCCUCAUGGGCUCCACAGACAACCUAUGGGUCUGCUACAUUUCCUACAUUGUCUUCCGAGGCACCUACCAGUUUCUGGUGCCUAUAGCCACAUUCCAGAUUGCCUCAUCCCUCACCAAGGAGCCGUGUGCGCUGGUGUUUGGCAUUAACACCUUCUGGGGGACCAUACUAAAGACUAUCAUCAACUUGAUCAUUGUUGAUAAGAAGGGACUGGCAUUGGACAUACAUUCUCAGCUGGCCACAGUGGUGUAGCGUACUGGGUCUGACACACUUGGGAGUCUGGGAACACGUACAGUUAUACAGCUUUACAGCUGACGGUGGUGCGACUCGGGGUUGCUGCGUGAC